AUGUUCUCUAGGAAAGAUCGCGUCCAAGCAACCACAUCGUCGCUGGAUCUGUCUUCCUUGCAAUCAUAUUCGCCAAAGUGGUCGCCGCAUCUUCGACUUGCAACCUGUAUCUCGAUCAAGUAUGCUGUCCGACGCCAUGUAGAACGUGCUACCUACCUGGUUGGCACACUUGGAUCAUCGAAGCUCCCAUCGGCUUCUGGCACUGCGGCGUACUCUGUGGCGCAGGAAUGGUCCGAUUACGGCCAAAAGUUUCUCACGGCAACCUGUCAGCAUCUCGGCGUUGUAGAGGAUUCGCUCCCACCAGAUCCCAUCAGUCUUGAUGAUGUGCUUUCUGCUGCCCGAGGUCGUCUUGAACACGCAGAUACGCAAGAUCCCAUCUGCGCGAACGAACCAGCGUUAGAGUCGGGCUCAGACCACGCUCGCCGCUUUCCUAACCUCGAUCUCCCCAUCAAGGGCAUCGAUGAUGCCAAAAAGUGCGAUCUUGUCAAUGGCACAGACCCAGAAAAGGCGCCACAAGGCCUACAUACAGGCGCUCAGAAGGACCAGCUCGCCGAUACCACAGCUUCCCUCGAGAGUCUUUACCUGAAGUCGUCCGCUUCCCCCUUGUCUGAUCAUGGCUUCGAGGGCUUUGCGUACGAUCAAGAUGCCCAAGAGCUUCCAGACUACCUCCGAGGCCAAACGGAUGCUGCGACAACAUCGAACUCAACCAGCGCUGAGCUCAACCGCCAGCAUAGAGCUCGCACCCUCUCGCAGGACACGUUAGCGUUUACACCCCCAAAACGCAUGCAAGGCGCUCUCGAUCCGGAAUCCGGCCAAGACAUCGAGGUCGCCCACGAAUUGUUGCUGAUCGCUCUUGGAUUGGGUCAAUUUCGAGCUCAGGACGGCACAUCCACUGUCUUUGAGCAAGACUUUCUCUUCGGAGAGACCGAGCUUGACCUGCCUCGGUCCGGAUCGCAAAGCUCAAAGGGCAAAGUUAAGCCUGACGUGUCCUCGCCAUCGGAAAGCCCAGAGGGCCAACAGAAGCUGACAUCAGCUGCAUCCGGGCCACAAGAAAUCGAAACGCCAACAGCACCUGUGCCAUCUUCAACUGUCGCUCGAGUAAAUACGACCGACGAUGCCAUGAAGCCGAUGACCGAGACAGGGCGUUUGAUUGGGGAUGCAUCCAAGAAUGCAUUGACCUCCCUCAAGGCGGGCACUUUGUCUGGAUGGAGCAAGCUCUCUUCCGCAAGCAGGGAUCUGAUAAACACACAGUCCCAAGCUUCUACAAAGCGUGCCGCACCCAGUCCUGCCGAUAAAGGUGCCAAGCAGCCGGUCAAGCCCAACGAAGUAUGUCACUAUGAUGCUCGAGCGAGAUCGUUGAUCUUCGUUGCCUCUACCGCUAUGGGCAUCUCUGCGCGACAAGUAUGGAUGGCUGAGAAAGUCAUGGCCCAGACGAUCUACUUCAUCAUGAGCGAGGGUGAUAGAGCAUCGGUGUCCAAGAAUGGCAAGGGCAUCGUCGAGCAACUUCCGGCGGGUGCCUCGCUCGAUGCACAAACCGGCUCAGUCACACAGCCAUCACAGCGCUCCGAGUACAUGAACCAGCACUCUGGAACGGUGGUGGAGCGCGAGCGCGAAAAGGGGACGUGGGGCAAGUGGGCUGCCAUGGGAGGCGGCUUUAUCGCUGGAGGGCUCGUCAUCGGGUUGACUGGCGGUCUGGCCGCUCCGCUGAUUGCACCUGCACUGGUCGGGCUCACCGGCGUUUCUUUUCUCGCGACUUCUGGAGGCAUCAUCAUGCUCGGAACUUUGUUCGGUUUGGGUGGCGGCGGUCUUGCGGGUUAUCGCGUUGAGCGACGUCUGCGAGGAGUGUCGUCUUUUUCGUUUGCCGAAUUGGCCACCGAAGCACGCAAAGCAGGUAUUGCGAUUCCGAGCCUGCAUGCGACCAUCUGCUGCAGUGGACUCAUCCUCGAAACCGAACAGCAGGUCGUACCAUGGACUUACAUCUUUGAGGGCGCCAAAGACAAUCGGGAUGCGUUUGCGAUCGAGUGCGAGGCGGAAAUGAUGAAAGAAGCGGGUCAAGGGUUGCGUUCUUACAUGCUCGAUAAUCUCAUUCGAACAGGCGGCACCAAGGCAGCAGAGGAGGUGGUUAAGAAGACGGCGCUUGCCGGUAUAGCGGCCAUCACGCUACCGAUGAGCAUGUUCAACGCGGCAUCAGCUACGCUUGACGGCGUCUUUGUUCGUGCCAAGACGAAAGCACACAAGGCGGGACUGAUCCUUGCUGAGACGCUGCGAAACGAGGUGCAGGGUCAUCGGCCCGUUGUGCUGAUCGGCACCUCAUUGGGAGCAGCAACCAUCUUGACCGCGCUCACCGAGCUUGCCAAGGAGCCCGAGACCACGUCGCAUCUGGUCGAUUCGGUAUUUCUCAUCUCGGCACCCAUUGUUCCGUCCAACGCGACACUGCGCAAGGUUCGAACCAUCGUGCAGCGUCGCUUUGUCAAUGUAUUUUCGUCCAAGGACAUGGUUUGCGGUAUCGCCGCCUGGCUAGGGUCCGGAGUAUCGGUGGAAGAGUUGAGGGCGGGCAAACUGCCACGCGUUGCUGGUAGCCGUGCGAUCGACGACGUGCCAGGACUAGAGAACAUCAACGUUUCCGACAUCAUCUCGAGCCAUUUCGAGGUGAAUGACAAAGACAAGUUGACGGCAAUCUUGGCUCGUUGCGGCGCGUUGGAGGACUGA